AUGGGGAUUGUUUUUGGUUUUGCUUUGUUUCUCCUUGAUCCCCUUUCCCCUGUAAAAGACCCUCCUAAACUUUUAGUACUUGAAGAAUGCAGCAGUGCUUUUGUUCCAGACACUAAAAUAAAACAAUUAAUAGUUCAGGAUGUGAAGAGUUUCAACACUGUGAAAGGACUAGCUGACAGGCGGGAAGGAAUUGGUGUCUGUGGCUGGAUCCUGGUUUCCCUUUCUGUCCUAUUGCUUCUCAUUACCUUUCCUGUUUCCAUCUGGACAUGUAUCAAGGUUAUCAAGGAAUACGAGCGUGCUAUUGUAUUUCGGCUGGGAUGUAUACUGUCUAAGAAAGCAAAGGGACCAGGUUUGAUCCUGAUACUUCCUUGUACAGAUAUUUUUAUCAAGGUUGAUCUUAGAACUGUUACCUGUAAAAUUCCUCCACAAGAGAUUCUCACAAAAGAUGCUGUUACUACCCAGGUUGAUGGGGUGGUGUACUACAGGAUCCACAGCGCUGUCAGUGCCGUUGCUAACGUCACUGAUGUCCAUUCAGCUACCUUCCUCUUGGCACAGACAACUCUGAGAAACGUUCUGGGUACAAAGAGCUUAGCUCAGCUCUUGGCAGGUCGGGAAGAGAUUGCACAAAAUAUCCAGACUAUCCUUGAUAGCACCACAGAGCAGUGGGGAAUCAAAGUAGCUCGUGUGGAAAUCAAAGAUGUCAGGAUUCCUGUGGCAAUGCAGAGGGCAAUGGCAGCUGAAGCAGAGGCUGCACGAGAGGCAAGAGCUAAGGUUGUGGCAGCAGAAGGAGAAAUGAAUGCUUCUAAAGCCCUCAAGCAGGCCUCCGUGGUGCUGACCGAGUCUCCAGCGGGUCUUCAGCUGCGCUACCUGCAAACAUUAACUACGCUGGCAGCAGAGAAUAAUUCCACCAUUGUCUUCCCUCUCCCUAUAAAUAUGCUUGAGGCCUUGGCGCAGAAAAAUAGAGGAGGAUAAGCACUGUUCUACUCAAGUUCCUUGCGCAGAGAGAUUUGCUUCCCAGGAAGCAAGAGUUUCCAGGAUACCCGAAUUAAAUGAGAUAGCAUGCUUUGAUCCUCUAUAUCAAAAAAAAGUAAAAAUAGUUCAAUUAUAGCCACACAUAGCUCUCACAUUAGGAAACUGCGUUUGAGCACAGAAAGUUGCAAAAUUGACACAUCAAGCAGUUUCAGCGCACACUUAUCUGCAGGUGAAAUGGCGGACAGUAUGUAAAAGGCAUGUUGGACUAACAUGAAAUUGGCAUGAUAUUUUCACCCCAUUUUACAAAUUUGUGGAUGAAAUAAUAGACCAGUGAUUUAUCUCCUAUCAAGAACCUAUGAGCUCUUGAUUAGCUCAUAAACCUACUCCACACAGGAGAAGGGUGAGAUGUUGCCGUUUAACUCAAGCCCUGUAAAGUGGAAAGAAGGAUUUGUCCCCCAACCUUAGAGAGAGUAUUCCAGAACUACUAAUAGAAUUACUAGAUAAUUUGUAUGUGGCUGGAACAGCCAAUUCUUCAUCUUAUAUAAGUAAUAAUUAACAGUUGCUUUACUGGCCUCAGUGGAAUUUUGCUUAGGUAAAAAUAUUACAAGAAUCAAGACUUUGAUUUGUAUGCUCUUUGCCAUAUCACUGAAAUUUCUAUCAGCUCUGUCAUAAAAGGAGGAGAAUAUAUGUCUGUCUAUUACAGCCACAUUUCUUAUACUUUUGAAAGCUGAGCCAACCUUGAGGGAAAUGAGUUGCUGUUAUGUUAAUUUAAGUAUCUAUCUUUCCUCCCACAGAAGGUUUCUUAUCGUCCCUUGCAGAUAUCAUAAAAUGGUGGUACAGCUUCUCAUAGCAUGAGCCUUCUGCACCCUUCACCUGCGCUAUGCCUGGCAGUUGAGUAGGGAAUGCUGCUAAUAUCAGAGUUUAGCUAUUGGUGGUAUCUGAGUUCACAGCCUUCAAAAAUGGCUGGACAGCUCACAUUUCAGACACGCUGAUGGGUUGCCUGCAAA